AAUUCGGUCCCCAUCCCGUGACUACAAUCAAGUACGGCUUGAGAUCAGGAAAAUCUGUGGGUUAUCAACAUUCUUGAAACUCGUGUAAUCUCUUUUGGGAUUUUGGUGGGUAAUCGGCAAGAGUAUAGAGUGUAAAAUAGUACCCAGAAUCAGUAUCUUCGGUUUUAGCUUCAUCGCGUCAUCAAUGGCUGCCAGGAGACCAUUGCAGUGUAUCUUGAACGGAAUCGGGAGGGGGAGGAGGAGUUUUGGUGCUCUUCCCGAAGGCGUCUCUUCCUCUUCUCACGACCUUAUCAACAUGGAGUAUCAACACAGUGCUCACAAUUACCACCCAAUUCCUGUUGUGUUCUCUCAAGCAAAGGGAUCAUCUAUAUGGGAUCCAGAAGGCAACAAGUACCUGGAUUUCCUUUCCGCUUACUCUGCUGUUAAUCAGGGACACUGCCAUCCAAAGAUCAUGAAUGCAGUGAUGGAACAGGUACAAAGGCUCACUCUAAGCUCUAGAGCCUUCUAUAAUGAUAGAUUUCCAGUAUUUGCAGAGCAUUUAACUAGCAUGUUUGGCUAUGAUAUGGUGCUACCAAUGAACACUGGGGCUGAGGGUGUGGAAACAGCUUUGAAAUUGGCCAGGAAAUGGGGCUACCAGAAGAAAAAAAUUCCUAAAGAUGAGGCUAUUAUUGUAUCUUGUUGUGGCUGCUUCCAUGGUCGUACAUUGGCUGUUAUUUCUAUGAGCUGUGACAAUGAGGCUACGGGUGGUUUUGGGCCCUUGUUGCCUGGUCAUCUCAAAGUUGAUUUUGGCGACAAAGUUGCCCUUGAAAAGAUUUUUAAAGAGAAUGGAGAUCGGAUAGCUGGAUUUUUAUUUGAACCUAUUCAGGGAGAGGCUGGGGUUAUCAUUCCUCCGGAUGGAUAUUUAAGAUUUGUCAGGGAUCUUUGCUCGAAAUAUAAUGUUCUAAUGAUUGCGGACGAAAUACAAACUGGCUUAGGACGGACAGGAAGAAUGCUGGCUUGUGAUUGGGAAGAAGUUCACCCAAAUGUUGUCAUACUAGGAAAAGCAUUGGGUGGUGGAGUGAUACCUGUAAGUGCUGUACUUGCUGAUAAAGAUGUAAUGUUAUGCAUACAGCCUGGAGAGCAUGGAAGCACCUUUGGUGGUAAUCCUUUGGCUAGUGCAGUAGCCUCUGCUUCAUUAGAAGUUAUCAGAGAUGAGAAACUUGCUAAAAGAUCUGCUCAACUGGGGCAGGAGCUUAGAGAUCAGCUAAUGAAGGUUCAGCAGCAAUUUCCUGAUUUUGUAAAGGAAGUGCGAGGUAAAGGUCUGUUUAAUGCUGUGGAGCUCAACAGCAAGGCCCUAUUCUCGGUGUCUGCUUAUGAUAUUUGCCUAAAGCUUAAGGGAAGAGGAGUUCUUGCUAAGCCCACUCAUGACACUAUUAUCAGAUUAACUCCUCCACUUUCUGUGAGUUUGGAUGAGCUCCAGGAAGGCGUGAAGGCAUUGCACAAUGUUUUUGAACUGGAUCUACCACUAAUGCAGAAGGCAAAACCUAGAGCAGUCCAUUCAACAGCUUCUAACAUAUGUGCACGUUGUGGGCGAAACUUGUAUAGCUCUACAGAUACAGACAACUGAACUACAUGCACCUGUUCUCUUUUUCUACGUAAAUUAAGGGAAAUCCAGAGAGACGAGCUUAGAGAGCUCCCGACAGGAUUAGUAGUUUUGAGAUUGAAGAUAGUAUUGGUGAGAUACAAGUAUGUACAUGUAUAUGGAUAUGUCUUGUAAUACUUUGGUCUGUAGUAUUAUUUGGUUUUUUGGGGAGACAUAUAUAUAUAUAAUGUGAUGGUUAUAGAACUCUGAUAUUGUAUUCAGAGUUUAUGUAUAUGUAUCUGCUGCAUGUUUUAGUUGAGAUAUGGACAAGUCAGUUCGAUACCCACUCGGGGUCGGGUGGUUAUCUAUGGUAUCAGAGUUUUAUGUAGUAGAAUUUCCAAAUGGUCACAAUAACAUAAUUCAAUUAUACGUUCGAAA